CGCUGGCAACAUGACGCUGCAGUGCACCAAAACCGCAGGACACUGGAAGAUUGUGGUGUGGGAUGAAGAGGGCUUCCAGGGCCGGAGGCAUGAGUUUACGGCGGAGUGCCCCAGUGUACUAGAGCUUGGCUUUGAGACUGUGCGAUCUUUGAAAGUGCUGAGUGGAGCGUGGGUGGGCUAUGAGCACGCUGGCUUCCAAGGGCAGCAGUACGUGCUGGAGCGGGGCGAGUACCCGUGCUGGGGCGCCUGGAGCGGCAACACCUCCUACCCAGCCGAUAGGCUCACCUCCUUCCGGCCGGUGACCUGCGCUAACCAUCGCGACUCGAGGCUGACCAUCUUCGAGCAAGAGAACUUUCUGGGCAGGAAAGGCGAGCUGAGUGAUGACUACCCCUCCCUCCAGGCCAUGGGCUGGGAUGGCAACGAAGUGGGCUCCUUCCAUGUCCACUCGGGGGCCUGGGUUUGCUCCCAGUUUCCUGGCUACCGAGGUUUUCAGUACGUGCUGGAGUGUGACCACCACUCAGGCGAUUACAAGCAUUUCCGAGAGUGGGGCUCUCAUGCCCAGACGUUCCAGGUGCAAAGCAUCCGCAGGAUCCAGCAGUGA